GUCAAUGCAAAGAAACACGGAAAGCCUUCGGCAUUUGAAUAAAAAAUAUUCCAAAUUACAAAAAAAAUACAACCACUUGGAAAACCCUUAUAAUGUCAUCCGAAAUUUUAAAACAAGGUGCCCACGAAGAAAAGGGUGAAAUGGCCUUUAUGAGUAACAUCAUUGGUGCCAUUGCUGUAGCUGACCUUCUUAAAACAACCCUUGGUCCAAAGGGUAUGGAUAAGAUUUUAGUUAAAGUUUCUGAAGGAGCCGACGGAAAGGUUGAAGUCACCAACGAUGGUGCCACUAUCUUGAAAGCCCUUUCUAUUCAAAAUCCAGCUGCUAGAAUUCUUGUAGAUAUUGCCAAGACCCAAGAUGAAGAAGUUGGUGAUGGUACUACUUCAGUUUGUGUCUUCACAGGAGAAUUGUUGAGACAAGGAGAAAAACUUUUAGAUCAAAAGAUACACCCUCAAACUAUUAUUUCUGGUUGGAGAAAGGCUUUAACUGUUGCUCACGCAUCACUUUUGAAGGCCUCUGUUGAUCACGGAAAUGAUAAGGAAGCAUUGAAGAAUGACUUGUUAAACAUUGCACGUACAACAUUAUCAUCAAAGAUUUUGCAACAAGAAAAGGAAUUGUUCGCUCAACUUGCUGUUGAAGCUGUUCUUAGAUUGAACGGAAGUACUGAUUUAAAUCAUAUUCAAAUUCUUAAGAAGCCAGGUGGUUCUAUGAAGGACAGUUAUUUGGAUGACGGAUUUCUUCUUGAUAAAAGUGUAGGAGUUGGUCAACCAAAGAAAAUGGAAAAUUGUAAGAUUCUCGUUUCUAACACACCUAUGGAUACUGAUAAAAUUAAGAUUAACGGUGCUGUUGUAAAGACAGCCAGUAUUGCUACACUUUCAGAAAUUGAAAAGGCUGAAAAGGAAAAGAUGAAGAAAAAAUGUCAAAAGAUUGUUGAUCACGGAAUUAAUGUUUUCAUUAACAGACAACUUAUUUAUGAUUAUCCUCAAGAAUACUUUGCUGAUAAUGGAGUUAUGGCUAUUGAACAUGCCGAUUUUGAAGGUGUUGAAAGAUUGGCUCUCGUUUUGGGUGCUGAAAUUGUUUCAACAUUUGAACAUCCAGAAUUAGUUAAAUUGGGAACUUGUGCUGCUGUUGAAGAAAUAAUGAUUGGUGAAGACAAACUUUUGAGAUUUAGAGGAUGUGCUAAGAAUGAAGCUUGUACAAUUGUUUUACGUGGUGCUUCUACUCACCUUUUGGAAGAAGCUGAUCGUUCUCUCCAUGAUGCUCUCUGUGUCUUGUCUCAAACUGUUCUUAACACAAAGACUGUUUUGGGAGGUGGUUGUAGUGAAAUGUUGAUGGCUAAAGCUGUCUCUGAAGCUGCUAAACAAACUCCUGGUAAGGAAUCAAUUGCUAUGGAAGCUUUCGCUAACGCUCUUAAGGCAAUGCCUGCUAUCCUUGCUGACAAUGCUGGUUUGGACUCUGCUGAAUUGGUUUCCGUUCUUGAAACUGAACAUUACAAGGGUAAUUCUGAUUUUGGUAUUGAUGUUGUCAAAGGUGAAAUUGGAAAUUUGAGAACUUUAGGUAUAACAGAAUCAUUCAAAGUGAAAGAACAAGUUCUUUUAUCUGCAUCGGAAGCUGCUGAAAUGAUUAUCAGAACUGACGAAAUUUGCUACUGUGCCCCUAGACAAAGAGAAUAAUCAACCUAAAUUUAUUAAAUAAUUUAUAAUUUAUCUUAA